ACUAUUUUAGUACUCAUUUAAAGCUACACAAUUACUUCCACUUUUACAAUUACUUUGUAUCGGUGUAGAGAUUCAAGACCUUUGUGAGGAGAUUGUAAUUGAAUCAUGGGGACAAGAAUAAAAGUUUUCGGUACAUGUCCAUAUUGCAAUCGUUAUGUGUCCAGAGAUCUUCGACCCAUUAACAUUCUGACACCACGGGAUGCCAAAAGAAUUUCUCAACUAAUACACGAAGAACCACCACCUCCGGUUCAUUUGGAAUCGGAGGAGGAUCUGGAGGAAAAUCCUAGGAGCAAAGUGCGGGUCUCGAAAAGGAAGAAGAAAAUUCAAGAGGAGUCCCAGAAGAACGAUUCAGAGGAUGCUCAAUCUAAAAACUCUUUAGACGAACUAACAGAAAACAUUUUAGGCUUGGUCGAGGAGGAGUUCCAGCGAAGUCCGGCAAGCAGUGAAGCAUCUAGGAUUUCAAAGGAGAAUGCCGAGGUUAUCAUGGCCAUGUUGACCGAGGAGCAGUACAUUAUCGACAAGAUUGAAAGGGGCGCAUUGCGGGUUGGUCAACGGGAGAUUAAAGAGCCGCCGGCUAAAAGGCGAAGGUGUUAAUUAAAAGAUAUAUCAUAUAGAGGCGGCGAUAAAUUUGUAAAAUUAACAGUCGACGAGAAGGCCUCCCACGUGCUGACCUUUCCAUACUGUUGAAAUAAACCACCCUUUUUGCGCCUG